CGCAGUCGAUGGAGAAGCGCAAGGCCCGUCGCAAGACUUGGGAGCUCAAGGCGGCUAGCGACGCCGAGUCGACUGUCAGUACGCGCAGUAGCACUAGCAGCAACAGCAGCUCGUUAUGGAAGGAGCCGAAGCGACGACUGAAGGCGCAGCACCUCAAUAGGCACGGCAAUGGUAGUGCUCCCUCGCAGCUUCGGACAUGUGAAGACGAGGAAGACCAAGCCACGCCCCUCGAGAGCAGACUGGGGGCCAUUUUGGAGACUACAGAGGCGCAGGUGAUUAUGAUUUUACUCAUCGCACUUGACAUCAUCUCCACUGCAGUGGAAAUCCAUCUACACGACCAACAGCAGCUGCACCAACUUAAUAGCAAGAGAGCAACAGCAGACGCAAGCACAGAGGUGAUCGCACCACGGUUGGCUCGAGUUGUGACUCGAUUAGUGGAGUCUUUCACGGGCUUCACACUCUUCCUCUUCCUGAUCGAGUUGGCUGUCCUGCUAGCUGCGUUGCGGCGCAAAUUCUUCGCCCAUGCUGGUUACGUACUGGAUCUGGCAGUUGUCAGCGUAUCUGUCACUGUAGAGCUGUACGCACAGACGAAAGCUGUACGACUUCUAGGUAUUCUGCGUGUCUGGCGAGUGUUGCGUUUAGUUCGACACCUUGUCGACCAGGAACGUGCUGCUCAUGAUGCCACAAGGCAAUUACUGGAACAAGAGCAACUGAAACUGCUUCACGUUCGGAUGCAGAAGGAGGCAGCGCAGGAAUCUCUCAAGUGUGAGUAUGAAUCACGAGCAGGGCUUGAGCAACUCUUGCGCGUGUACAAGGACGAGAUUGUGACGCUGAAGGAGGCACUACAGAUCGCUGCUCAGGCUGUGGCUGAGGCGACGAUGGCCGAGAGUUCAGACGCUGAGAACUCGUUGGGUUUGUAUCGCGCAGCAGACCAUGAGCACAGCGAGGAGUAUAACCAUCACGAAGAGGCUGCUGUACACCCGACUGGGCUACAGACUGAGCACCGGCAAGACAGUGGGUUUUAUCACCAGGAAGCUGAAGAUCGCCAGGUUGCUGUGAGCUCGACGGCGGAGCAGAUAGAAUUGAAGAGCGACAACGGAUUUGAAGAUGCAGUGGAUGAAUAA